CAGUCCCCCAGCACGCUCACGUCCGUCCGUGACAUAAGUAAUCGCCUACCCUUUGAUCAUAGUCAUAGUCGGCUAUACUUUCGAUGGCCGCGGAUUCCAACCCGGAGACAUCCACCAACGCUGGCAAGAAAAACUUGUCCACGGCAAUACUUGAGCGCAAGAAAUCACCCAAUCGUCUCGUCGUAGAUGAAGCUGUGAACGAUGAUAACAGCGUUGUUGCACUUAAUCUUCAGAAGAUGGAUGAACUUCAGCUUUUUCGCGGAGACACGGUUUUGAUUAAGGGCAAGAAGCGCAAAGAUACCGUCUGUAUCGUUCUCGCUGACGAAUUCUGCGAGGAAGGCAAGAUUCGGAUGAACAAAGUUGUUCGUAAGAACCUUCGUGUUCGUCUCGGUGACGUGGUAUCCGUACACCAGUGCACAGACGUCAAAUAUGGCCAACGCAUUCACGUACUUCCCUUCAGUGACACGAUCGAGGGUGUGAGCGGGAAUCUUUUCGACGUAUAUUUGAAACCUUACUUUCUUGAAGCGUAUCGGCCAGUCCGCAAGGGUGAUACUUUUCUUGCACGAGGUGGCAUGCGAGGUGUUGAAUUCAAGGUUGUUGAGACGGACCCUGCAGAAUACUGCAUUGUAGCACCUGACACCGAAAUAUUUUGUGAGGGAGAAGCGAUCAAUCGUGAGGACGAAGAAAGGCUUGACGAAGUCGGUUAUGACGAUGUAGGCGGGGUCAGAAAGCAAAUGGCACAAAUUCGCGAACUUGUUGAGCUCCCCCUGCGUCACCCGUUGCUCUUUAAAACAAUCGGCGUGAAGCCUCCCAAAGGGAUUCUGCUCUAUGGCCCUCCUGGAUCAGGUAAGACUCUCAUCGCCCGUGCAGUAGCAAAUGAGACUGGUGCUUUCUUCUUUCUCAUAAAUGGGCCUGAAAUUAUGUCCAAACUUGCGGGCGAAUCUGAAUCAAACCUUCGUAAAGCUUUCGAGGAGGCAGAGAAGAACGCCCCAGCUAUUAUUUUCAUUGAUGAAAUAGACUCAAUUGCACCCAAACGUGAAAAAACUCAAGGUGAAGUCGAGCGUCGGAUUGUUUCUCAACUUCUAACCUUGAUGGACGGCAUGAAAUCGCGAGCACAUGUCAUAGUGAUGGGUGCAACGAACAGACGAAAUUCGGUCGACGCUGCACUUCGACGUUUUGGACGGUUUGAUCGUGAGAUAGACAUCGGUGUUCCAGAUGAAACCGGUCGUCUCGAAGUUCUUCGUAUUCACACGAAAAACAUGAAACUCGACGAUGAGGUCGACCUGGAGAAAGUUUCGAAAGAGACUCAUGGUUACGUGGGUGCAGACCUUGCUGCUUUAUGCACUGAAGCUGCACUGCAGUGCAUUCGUGAAAAAAUGGAUGUCAUCGAUCUCGAAGAUGAUACCAUUGAUGCCGAAAUUUUGGAUUCAAUGGCCGUUACAAACGAACAUUUCAUCACGGCACUUUCAGUAUCAAACCCUUCUGCACUCCGCGAGACUGUUGUCGAAGUUCCUAAUGUUUCCUGGGAAGACAUCGGUGGUCUUGAAUCAGUAAAGCAAGAGCUUCAAGAAACAGUUCAAUACCCUGUUGAACACCCGGAGAAAUUUGAGAAAUUUGGAAUGGCACCUUCGAAAGGUGUUCUCUUCUAUGGUCCUCCAGGUUGCGGUAAGACCCUUCUUGCAAAAGCGAUCGCAAAUGAGUGCCAAGCAAACUUUAUAUCUGUGAAAGGUCCAGAGCUUCUUACCAUGUGGUUUGGCGAAUCGGAGGCAAACGUACGUGAGAUUUUCGAUAAAGCUCGACAAUCUGCUCCAUGUGUAUUAUUCUUUGAUGAGCUUGAUUCGAUCGCCAAUCAGCGUGGAUCGAGCUCAGGAGACGCAGGUGGUGCUGCUGAUCGUGUACUUAACCAGAUACUUACUGAAAUGGAUGGAAUGGGUUCGAAAAAAACUGUUUUCAUUAUUGGUGCAACAAAUCGCCCAGAUAUCAUCGAUUCGGCUCUCAUGCGCCCCGGUCGAUUAGAUCAGCUAAUCUACAUUCCUCUUCCCGAUGAAAAAUCGCGUCUUUCUAUUUUUAAGGCAAAUCUGAGGAAGUCUCCACUCGCUCGUGAUGUCGAUGUCGACACGCUUGCUAGUUUCACGAAUGGCUUUUCUGGGGCUGAUAUUACUGAGAUUUGCCAGCGUGCAUGUAAAUUUGCGAUUCGUGAAAGCAUUGAGCGCGACAUCGAACGUGAGCGUUUCGCAGUUGCUGAUCCGGAUGGGAUGCACGACGAAGACAUGUUUGAUCCUGUACCGGAAAUAACUAAGGCACAUUUCGAAGAAGCAAUGAAGUAUGCCCGUCGUUCUGUGAGUGAUGCAGAUAUUCGGAAGUACCAGGCUUUUUCACAGACACUGCAGCAGUCUCGUGGAUUUGGUAAUGAUUUCCGUUUUCCCGAAAGCGGGCCCCGCACAAACGUUACAGGCGGUAGUGUCGAUGACGGAACCAACCACAUUCUGCCUGGUAACCCAACUGAUUUUGCUCACGGUGUGAAUACGAACGAUGACGAGGAUUUAUAUGACUAAACUCUGUUGUAGACUUAAAUGACAUACAUCUUUUGUGGAAUGAAGAACUAUUUUUUCACCAAAAAAUCAAGAGCCCUCUGUUGGUGUACAAGCGACUAGAACGGAUACGCAUUUCCUCGUUCCUUUGAUACUAUACGUAGGAUGGAAAACAAAUAAACAUUUCAUCACAGAAGUCACGACACUGUACCCUUAAAAGCCAUUGUCGUUCGCAUCCCUUCUACACGAACUUCUUGGUUGGGUUGACGUAAGUUUAAACAAGAAAGUUUGUGAAACUUGUUGCGCAGGCGAUACGCACUAAGAAGUUAACAUAUUUAGUUCACCGAAGUACAGUGUAAUGGCUUUAAGCUUGCCAUUCAAAUAAUUUUUCUCAACUUCAAACGAACAAGGGGCCUGAUUUACAAAAAGUGCACGAGAACAAUAAAAAGGAAGAAGAUCUGUAUUCUUUGGAAGAUAUAACGCAAUGUUGGUUGUCAGACAAAACGACAACUUUAUGAGCGCGAUCACGUCGAUGCCAGAGGCAUGGAUAUUCCGAAUGUCGAAACUGUCUACGAUACUGUAUCCAGGACCUCCCCAAGGAGGAGAAAGAAAAAUCAUGUCAACUUUUUCUACGUUUUCUACAUC